AAAACCCAAAUAGCGUAUCAUUUUAUUUCUUUGUGCAGUUUAUUUCAAGUAAUAGUAUCAUAUGAGCUCCCAAAGAGAUUUUUCAAGUGUCAAAUUUAAAGAACUAUACUUUACGUCUUAUUGUUUAUAGAAAACAUGUAUUUCUGUAGAUGCGUUGCGCUGAACACAUAUUCACCAUACAUAUGACAGUAUAAAUGAGUUUCUAUUCACUCGAGAUCUAAUUUGUCCAACACCUGAAAGGUUUAACCUUGAAGGUGAUCAGCUAGUCUGCUAGCGCAGGCCACUUGUAAUACCGCUAAAUAACGUUUUAACAGCCUCAAGGAUUCCAUCCUCGUAAUCGGAAUAAUUCCCCUUGACCUCAAAGCAGAAUACACUCUAAAGCGUCGAUGAAGGUUUAUGGAUCGGUUCCCUUCGAGUGCCACACGCUCGUGCUUUCCACCCUAAACGUUUUAUGUUGCUUUCAAUCGACAAGUUUGCAGGUCUGCCUUCGACAGUGGCGGCUGAUGCACGAGCGUGAAUUUUAUGGGGUUAACAGACACCUUAGUCGCUUAGCUUUCUUCACUUGCAGUAAACCUCAGUAGAAGGGUAGACCCUCUUCCGGUUCACCUUGCCAUUCUAUUAGCGUUUCUGUCGACGCUCUUUUGGACUCGUAAAUUUGAGUUUUUUUCAUUUUUAGUGUAGUGCGUGCUGAACCUCAUCUAAGAUCGUGUUUAUUGUUGGUUCGUAACCGCAAAAAGCGUUAUCUAGCCUCUAACCCGUGGGUUGACCAUAGGGUGCCCACAAGUCACAAUCAGAACUGAUUUUCAUUUGACAGAUAGGUCUACGACCCUAGCGCAACACUGGUUUUAAGCUUAACAGACGUAUUCAGUAUAUUGUCUAGUUGCGGCCAGGGCGAGAGGAAACUCACCGAGGUUCUCUGCUCAUUACGUUCUGAGCCACGCAUUUGGCCGGGAUUGCUCCGUCUGUGAGAUUCUAUAUAUAAAUUUGAGGGCGGUCCUUUACCGGCCCUAUUGAAUUCAGUUAUAUAAAUUGACCACUCGGGAGUUGGACAAGAUAUAGACAACAUUCGCGAGCCGCGGAUAUUCAAACGUGACAUUGUAAUUGGUGCGUGGAGAUUCAAAGAUCUGUAUUAAGUAGCACGAUCAGUAAAGCAGGGAGCUGAUAGUAGGAUCGGUGACUCAAGAUGUACUCUUUGUUUGGCCUUUUUGUGGUCCUUUGCCUGUCAUUUUGGAGUCCGGUAGUGACAAUCAGAUGGCUGGGAAUUCGACAUACAUCGCAACACACGUGGGACAAAAAAGACUGCAACAGGAUCCAUGGAUUCAGUGGUAAACAGUACAAAAUAUGUCGGCGGAAUCUUCCAGCCAUGCUCUAUGUGACAGCAGCGGUCGAGAUGACCCGUGAAGAGUGCCAACAUCAGUUCCAAAAUAAAAGAUGGAAUUGCUCUACUAUCGUGAAAGCCCCACAGUUUUUACCGGAUCUGAAGCGAGGUACCCCAGAGGCUGCGUUUGUGUACGCUCUGUCAGCCGCUGCCCUCACCUAUUCCAUAACGCAGGCGUGCGGCAUGAAGCGCCUCAAGCCCUGCAAGUGUGGCACCAACCCCAAGUUCAAGCACCCCGAUGGCGAAUGGGGCGGUUGCCAUGACAACAUAGCUCGGGGCAUGCGCUUUAGCAAAGACUUCACGGACGCGGUGGAAGCUCAGCGCAUGAGGAAACACAAAUCGAUGGCCGUGGCUCUGAUGAACCUGCACAACAAUGGAGUCGGCAGGAAGGCCGUGCACUCCCGUCUUGAGUUCCACUGCAGGUGUCAUGGCGUUUCCGGUGGCUGCACAGCCAAGACCUGCAUCCGGCGCCUGGGCGACUUCCGCCUGGUGGCGGACCUCCUCAAGAAGCGCUACGCGCGCAUUGUGUACGUAGAAAGCAAAACGAAAUCCAAGCGCAAAGCGCGCGUCUUGAAAUCCAAGCGCGGACGGCGUCGUUAUACGUCAAGUGAUCUGGUGGCGCUCCAAGGGUCGCCUAACUACUGCCACAAAAACAGAAAGCGUGGAACGGCGGGGACGCACGGAAGGCUGUGUGACCCGACUAAGAGAAGAGGAGAAGGGAGCUGUGCGUAUCUUUGUUGCGGGCGAGGACAGAGGACUGAGGAGGUGGUACAUGAGGAGAGAUGCGAGUGCAAGUACAUAUGGUGUUGCUACGUCAAGUGUCAAACCUGCCGGAAACGGGUACGAGAAAGUCGAUGUUUGUGAACAUGCGCAAUUUAAGAAAGAACUUAAAGGUCAGAUUACUUACGUCAAACGAUCGCAAGUAAUGCUGGGAGAUGGAUUAGUUCACAAUAUUCCACGCGUCCAUUAUCAAGAAGAUAAAAAUGGAACCUAUUUUAAUAUAGAGCUCUGGCAGGCGGCUGUUCACCAUGUUUCGAGCACGUGUUUGUCAGUUGAUAAAUUGAACGACGUGAUUGACAGUUCCGCAAUAGCAAAUGGUAUCAUUUGGAGAGAGCGGGUUGUAGAAAUGAGACUCAAUGUUUCAUCAUAGAAUAACAUUGGGAAUUGGAUAUUUAUUGAAAUACCGCGAAAAACUUUACAUUACAGGAUAACCAGGCUUGGUUCAUAGUUUCACCUUUCGUUAUCUUCCAGAAUUCGAGCCAUAAAGACAAUGUGUAAAUAAUUGGCUGCUGUUUAUUAUUCGCACAAGCAACACUUAUGAUUCUGAUUGCAUUUUCAUCAAAGAAUACAUGCAACAGGCAAUUGCCUCAGAGGGUAUUAUUGUAUAAAUAAAGGCAGUUACAACUA